AUGCUAGAGGAGGCCACGGGCAGCACAGAGGAUUCCCUCAAGGCCGCUGUCACCUCCCUGGAGAAGGCCAAAGAGGCAAACAAAAAGAUCCAAGACCAGGGCACCGCUUUCAUGGAAAAGUUUGCCAUCACCCCCACGGAGAUCUCGUGGCAGGAGGACCUCAAACACAAGCUGGAGCGGGGCCUCUUCUGUCCGACUGUCUCCCUGGACUGGCACCAGGUCCCGGACCUCACGGACAUGCUCCAGCACCACCUCCCGGCGAUGAGGGCACUGCAGAACGGCCAUAACCCUUGGGCUGCAAACCCCAAGCUCCUGGAGGAGAUGCCCGACCUCAAGCACACAGUGGCCACUGCGGCAUCUGGGGAGGCCUCAACCCCUGGUGCCGAUGGCCCAGCGGUGACCGGCCCUGGCAUGGCAACGCUCAACGAGAUGGACGAGGAGGCCAAGUGGGCUUUGAAGGACCCACCCAAGUCAGACAUGGUGGAGCCCUUCCACUACACUGACCAGGAGGUGGAGGCGCACUGUCAGGAGGGAACUCGGCCCCCGCUGGGGUCCAUCCUCUCCAUCUGGUGGGCCCAUGACACUGACAAGGACGAGAGGUGGCGCUGGGAGAGCCGCACCUGGGAUUUGAAGUCCCUCAUCCACAUUUACUCGCACCGGUACACCUUCAAGUACAUCUACAGCUUCCGAGGCAAAGAUGCCCCGCCCUCGGCCACCAAGACCCGGAACAUCCGGCGCUCCGAGGCCCGCAAGGAGGCCAGCUCAUUUCUCGCAGCCCUGGGCUUGGACAAGCCGGCGGACAAGGACGAAUGGCGCACAGUGCUCCGGGAGAUGGGCAGCUUUCUGGCCACCAAUUGCAAGGUCUUCCUGACCAACUGCCCUGCGCCGGUGAUGGAGAUGCCCGUGGCCCCGGUGCACGAUAGCAAGGAAGCCAUGCGCUUCCGGGCCAUCUGCGAUGAGCGGAUCACCAUUCCGCUGGACGCCCUGAAGCAGUUCCCAGAGGUGCACUCGAAGCUGGUGGCCACCAAGGAGAAGGGAGCAACCAAGGGGGGCUACAUGUGCCGGUACUGCCAGGGCUUUUGGAAAGCCUCCAGGGGAGGCACGUUGGCCUCCCUCCAGCUGGUGAUGGACGAGCCACCAGAGGCUCUCUACAACAAGUGGAUCAAAGAGCGCAUGGAGUUCUACAAGAGGGUGGAGCCAUGCGCCGCCCCCCGAGACGAGCGCCUGGAACCGGUGGGCAAGAUGAACCACCGUCUGCGCUUCAGCACCAGCAACGACCUGGGGGCCGUGUCCGAUGCCAUCUGGCAAGUCAUCUUGAGCAACGAGGAGAUGAAGGGCAUCCGGGCAAUUCAGCAAGUGGCCCAAAAGGUCACGGCAGCGGCCUGA